GAUAUUUUUUUCACGUGUGUAUAUUUUUCUCAACUUUUUCCUUUUUCCUUUCUAAAAAACACAGCACACAUCAUUUCCAAACAGCACAUUGUGUUGAACGUGUUUGAUUUGUGCAAAUUUUUUUUUCUCAACAUUUUCCCAACUUAACUAAUAUUUUUUAGAUUUGUCCUUAAAAGUUAUAAUCCUUGUUUCACAAAUUUAACGAUGGGCAGGGAGGACAGAUCUACCUGGAAAGCCAACUAUUUCACCAAACUUUUGAAUCUGUUGGACGAAUAUCCAAAAUGUUUUAUCGUAGGUGUGGAUAAUGUCGGAUCGAAACAAAUGCAAACGAUUCGUCAUUCGCUUCGUGAAGAUGCCGUUUUGUUAAUGGGUAAAAAUACGAUGAUCCGUAAGGCUAUUCGUGGCCAUAUCGAUAGCAAUCCGGCUUUGGAAAAAUUGUUGCCUCAUAUCAAGUCCAACAUUGGUUUCGUUUUCACUGAAAAAGAAUUGGUUGACAUUCGUGACAAGAUUUUGGAUAACAAGGUUCAAGCUCCAGCUCGUGCAGGUGCUUUGGCUCCAUGCGACGUAAAGAUCCCGGCGCAAAAUACUGGCUUAGGUCCGGAAAAGACUAGUUUCUUUCAAGCUUUGUCGAUUCCAACCAAAAUUUCCAAGGGUACCAUUGAAAUUUUGAAUGAAAUUCAUCUGAUCAAGAAAAAUGAUCGAGUCGGCGCUUCUGAAGCUACUUUGUUGAACAUGUUGAACAUCUCUCCGUUCACUUAUGGCUUAGUGAUUCGUCAAGUUUACGAUUCGGGUACUGUUUUCGAUCCGGAUAUUUUGGAUAUUACACCGGAUGAUAUUCGUCUGCGUUUCUUGGAAGGUGUACGAAAUGUUGCCUCUGUAUCAUUGUCGAUCGGUUAUCCAACAUUGGCAUCGGUACCGCAUUCAAUCGUAAAUGGAUUGAAGAAUUUGAUUUCGGUUGCAUUGGUUACCGAUAUCGAUUUCGAAGCUGCAUCACGAGCAAAAGAAUAUUUGAAAGAUCCAUCGAAAUUUGCUGCUUUAGCUGCUCCAACUGCUGUUGCCGGUGGUGGUGAUAACGCUGCUAAAGCUUCUGCUGCUGAAAAGAAAGAAGAAGAAGAGGAGGAAGAGGAAGAUGAUGAUAUGGGAUUCGGUCUUUUCGAUUAAAUGAAACCAUUUCAUUUUUA